AUGUCCUUCGCUCUUCUGUCUCUACAGGCUAAACAUGGCUGCGCUCUUAAGAUCAGCCCGGCUCCUCAAAUGCUCACCGGCUUCAUUGCUUCAGGUCACAGGAAACACCAGACAUGCACCGGUAGCUGGUCGUCUUUACAGCGGAGCGGUCGGGACUCCACAUGUAGGGCUUUGUGUCCGCCAGACAGUCCCGAGACGGUUAAAUGUAAACAGUUUGUCCUCAUACACAUCGGCCCUGCCCUAUGUUAGCUGUCGUCAGUAUGGUGUUGUCCCAGAGCAGAGGGGGCUGGUGAAGGAUGAGCCCAGUGUGGCGGUCCGCUCCAAGCAGGCUCAGCAGUUUGACUGGGCUCUGGCCAAACUAGACAGCUCAGUCCGAAGGACAGGCAGGGUCACCAAAACACUGCUGCUGCGUAUCUUCCAUGAUAUUUGCAGAACAGGAUAUCCAAGUGGAAAUCAAGCCCUGUUGAUGCUGAGAAGCUGUGGCUCUCUGCUUCCUGAGGUUCCCCUAGUUGAGCGCAUAGAGCUGUCACAACGGAUCUGGGAUAAGCUUCAAGAACUUGGCGCCACCUAUGAUGUGAGCCAUUAUAAUGCCCUGCUUAAGACGUACUUGCAGAAUGAGUUCAGAUUCUCUCCAACCGACUUCCUUGCUAAAAUGGAAGCUGCUAAUGUUCAGCCAAACAGGGUGACCUAUCAGAGACUUAUUGCAGCCUACUGUGAAGUUGGCGACAUUGAAGGUGCAAGUACAAUCCUGGGCUUUAUGAAGAGCAAAGACCUGCCCAUCACAGAAGCUGUGUUCAACUCCCUAGUGACAGGCCAUGCCCGCGCAAGGGAUAUGGACAGUGCUGAAGGCAUCCUAUCAGUCAUGAAAGGUGCAGGGAUUGAGCCGGGCCCAGACACGUACCUAUGUCUCCUCAACGUGUAUGCUGAGAAAGGCGAUUUUGCCAAAAUUAAACAGACUCUAGAGACGGUGGAGAAUGCAGAUAUCCAUCUGAUGGACAGAGAUUUGAUGCAGGUUGUUUUUAGUCUGACUAAGGCUGGCCAUCAGCAGUAUGUGCCUGAGAUUGUGGAGCGCAUGCAUCACGAGAGGGGAUAUGUGCCAGAUGCUAUGAACCUCUGCUUGAGUCUGAUUACCCACGGACACGAAGAGACUGCGUUUUCUGUGCUGAAGAGCUUCACCGGCCUGCUGGUACAGUCGCAGACCAGUGACUCCCCAGACUUGGGAAACUUCUUUCUUCGCCACUGCGUCAAUAUGGACAAGUCUGUGGAGAACAUAGUUGGGUUUUGCAAAGAUCUAAAAGAUUCAGGUCUGCACUCAUCGCCACUGCAGUUCACCCUUCAGUGCGCCCUGGAAGCUAAAAAGACCGGUAUGGCUGUUGAGCUCAUGAGAAGGAUGAAGGAGGAGGGCUUGCCUCUCAGACCUCAUUACUUCUGGCCCCUGUUUACUCAUUACCAGAAAGAGAAGAACAUUUCUGUAAAAGAGGUUAAAUGUUUCUCUUGUCAUGACAUUCAUCACAUUCACACUCUUGCAGUGUCUUCACCUGCUCUUCCAAACGUUGACCUCAGUGCUUUCAGAGCCAGUCUGAUCUCUGGAUUCAGAGGGUUUCACAAUGUGGAGCUUAUGGCAAAGAUCACUGAGCUUCUCUGUAAAGACCCUCGGUUCAAUAGUACUGAACCUGAAACUUCUGAAAAUGUGGCCUACUUCCUUUACAACUUGAUUGAUUCCAUGAACGAGACUGAGGUGCACUCCAAAGAAGAGCAGCUUAGGGAGUACUUUGGCCUGCUCAGGAACAUGAAUAUCAGCAUCUCGCUGAACAUAUUCAGAGGAAUCAGGAACAUUCUGGAGUCCUACCAAGUUCCAGAGCUUGUCAAGGAUGUCCUUGCUCUUGUGGAUAAAAAGGACAAUGGGUUGGAGAAUGAAGCAACACUGCUUAGAAGUUUGGAGGGAAAACUUUCAUUUCUGGAGAAGACCCUGGCAGAGCUGAAAGCUGAGGGCAAGACAGCCAGUUCCACCCUCAAAAAAGUAAUCACUGUCCUGUGUGCUGAGGAGCCCACCACUAUCAUAAGGGCUCGCAAGGACUCUGAAGUAGCGCUGGAUGCUCAGAAGUAUGUGGCCUUGGUCCGAGUGCUAUCCAAACAUGGCAAGCUGGAAGAGGCGAUCGAUAUGCUGAAGGAGAUGAAGGAGAAGGAUGUGCAGUUAAGGGACGGCACAAUCAGUUUGCUCACCCUCACGAUGAAUACUGCUGCGAUGAAAGGAGAUGCCAACAGUAUUCGACGCCUCCAGGAGACGAUCUUCACUUUGGGCCUGGCCAAACCAUCCAGUAACCUCUGCUCACCCCUCAUCACUUGCUAUCUGGAGAGGUUCGUGGAGUUUUUGAGUCAGGAGCGAGGCGAGAUGAUGAUGCUCUACGACCUUUACUUUGCGUUCCUGCAAACGGGCCGCUACAAGGAGGCACGCAAAAUCAUCGAGACUCCUGGUCUAAGGGCACGACCUACCCGUUUGCAGUGGUUUGCAGAGAAAUGUAUUGCAGCCCAACAGAUGGAGCCCCUUGAGAACAUGGUGGACAUGACUGUCAAGCUGUUCGAGUGUGACAGAGAUGACAUGUACCACUAUUUGUUACGCCUCUGCAAGGAGACCAAUGACUGGCAAAAGGCUGAGGCAACCUGGAUGAAAAUGCAAGAGGAGAAUUUGGCUCCAAGAGAGAGGACCCUGCGUUUGCUUGCUGAUAUCCUGAAAAACAAUGACAAGGAGGUGCCUUUCGAGGUUCCUGAGGUGUGGUUUGAGAAGGUCAAAGGUCAGCCUGAGAUGUUCUUGGAGCAAGAGAUCAAAUCUAGCCCACUGGUUCAGGCUUCCCCUCGUAAGAGGGUUGCUGCUUCACCCCCUAAAGAGGCCACGGUUGAUGACUACAGACUUAAAGUCCUGUCUCUUUGCAAGAAGGGCAAAGCUCACGAGGCCUAUGACAUGCUGAAGGAAGCAGGUAGCAUGGGCAUGGUCCUUGGCCCUGCUCCAUAUGAUACCCUCAUCAAAGCCCUCCUAGCCAAAGGCAACAUUGAGGAUGCCAUGGCUGUCAAGAACAUUGCCACUGAUCAUGUUCCUGAAUUCAGUUUAAGUGACAAUGCCAACAGCCUCCUCAUCGUCUCUCAGGUGAAGAGAUGCCAGAUGAAAGAUGCCUUGGGGACUCUUAAGGGCAUGUUACAGGCUGAUCAGGUGCCCAGUCAGUUAGCCAUCACUCGACUGGUCCAGGGUCUCGCUAGUGAAGGAAACACACAGGACAUCCAGGAAGUGGAGGCCUUGGUGAAGACUUUAGGCUCCAUCAAGCUGUCCAGCAUGUUAUUUGUCAACAAUGCUGCUCUCGCUCAUAUUAAAAAUGAGGACAUUGACAGUGCGGUGGAGCUGUUGGAGUCUUUUUACAUUCAGAACACAGAUAAUCAGAAAUCCAGUAUUUCUUUUGUUUUCCGCAAAGUUCUAGAUGCCAACAAUGAUGCUGCACUAGAUAAAUUGAGUGCCAUGGUGGAAAGGCUCUGCAAUCACUUUGCCUCCUACAGAGCCGCUACAGACCUCUUCCUGAUUUACUUGGACACGGGCAGGACAGAAGAGGCCAAGUUCCUCCUGCAGCGCUGUGCGGCUGUCAACGAGCAGAAGGAUGCAAUGUUCACAUACAUGUUACGAGCGGCUCAGCAGCCGGGGCAGGCUGCUAAAAUCAAGGCUCUGUCUGAGCUGAUUCCUGACUUCACAGAGAAGGAGAAUAUCUAUUCACAUUUGGUGAAAUGCUGUGGUUUGGACAAGGACUUCAGUUCAGCGAAGGCUCUGUAUGAGCGCAUGCAAGCUGAGGGGGUGAAGGCUGAUGAGUUGACUCUCAAGAGACUGGCGCUACUAUACAAGGAAGCCGGAGAACCUGUUCCCUUUGAAGAGCCUCCGGAGUCAUUUAGUUUCUACGCAGACAAACUGAAGAAGCAGCGCUCUGAGUCCAUGGAGCCGGCCGACAGCUAAAAACAACUUCCGUCAGUCAUUCAUUGUUUUUUUUAUCGUUUUUUUUACAUUCAACAGAUGUGCACAGCUUGUGUGUUAUACUGUGAUUGUUUGUUUUUUUGCCCUUCAUAAUGAUGUCAUGAUAUGGUUAAUGUGUACAUAGAUAUUUAUGCGAAUAAAUGUAAACCCAAAACUUUAGAGGCUCUUUCAUGAGUUUCUUUCAUCUUUUUUUGUUUUGUUCCUGAAGUGAGUGUCACAAUCAGAGAUGUUUCCUCCAAAUGCAAGUUUUGACUUCUAAAAAUGGAAAUAUGUUCAUAUAAGAUGCAUUAUAUUACACAUGGAUGAUUUGUGAUAUGCCCAUAUAGUCGAUUUAUGCUGAGUUAUGUAGUAAUGUAUACUGUAUAAUAA